AUUCCUCACCCAUACGUGGCUUUUUGAUAUUUAAAAACUCCUCUGUAUCUCACCUUGCUUAUCGUUUUUUCUUUCCCCCUCUCUUUUAUUCUGUUUAAUAAUGACAAACGGACCUGCUUUUAAAAAGAUCCAAGCAGAAGAUUUUCCUAAAUCCAAGUUGUACAAGUCUAUUGAUUUGGCAAGUUCAGGUUUAGGAACCGCUGUUGUCAAAGUGACAGAUGAUUUCUUUGCACCUGCUUCCAUGAUGUUGAAUCCUCAACCUGCAAUUCAUUGCCCUGAUAAGUUUGUUGGUAAGGCAUCAUGUCUAUCAAAUAGCUUUAGUAUGUUGAUAUUCAUGUUAGAAACUGGCUCAUGGAUGGAUGGAUGGGAAUCGAAGCGUCACAACAGCUCGUAUGACUGGUGCAUUAUUAAACUGGGAUUUCCUGGUGUCAUUCACGGGUUUGAUAUUGAUACCAGCUUUUUUACAGGAAACCAGGCAUCUGCUGCUUCAGUUGAGGGCGCCUAUUGUCCUACUGGCACCGGCUUAGAAAAAGAUAUUGAAUGGAUCAAGAUACUUCCUCGAGUUGAGCUACCACCUUCUUGUCACAACAUUUUUGCUUUGGAGGAACAGACUGCCGUAUAUACCCAUAUCCGAUUGAACAAUUAUCCUGACGGUGGUAUUGCUCGUUUCCGUGUGUAUGGCGAUGUUCAGCCUAUUCUCCCUCAAGAUAAAAAUGAAAUCAUUGAUUUGGCUUUUGUUGGACACGGCGGACGAUCAGUUCAAGUCAGUGAUGAGCAUUAUGGUCCUGGUGACUUUUUAUUAUUACCUGGCAGAGGCAAGAAUCAGGCUGAUGGAUGGCAAACAGCUCGUUCUAGAGUAGAAGGUCAUUCAGAUUUUGUUGUACUUCGUUUGGGUGCUGCUGGUCACAUUCUACAAGCUGAAGUGGAUACAACCGAUUUCAAAGGCAAUUUUCCUCGACAAAUUAAACUUGAAGCUACCAAUUCAUCCUUCCAAGUGCCAGAUGAUAAUGCUGAAUGGUUCACACUUGUGGAGCCUUCAUCUACAGGCCCUAACGGUAUUUUUUAUUUCAAUACAUCCUUUACAGAGAAGGUAUUUACACAUGCUAAAAUCUCAAUUAUUCCCGACGGUGGUAUCAAGCGCCUUCGCCUCUAUGGUAUCGUUGAGGGAGGCGAAAUUCCUAAGCUUCCUAUUGUUGCGCCUACCAAUCUUCAAAACAGUGUUGUUGCACAGCCUUUAACCUCUGAAGCUUAUGCUCCUUAUGGGGAUGUGAUUCAUCCUGCUGCUACUAAAAAAGUCACCAGUGCUAAUCAAGGCACAGCUGAGAAAUAUCACCGUGUAGCCACUGUUGCCAACUUGUUUCCUAAUGAAAAUGGUAAAAUGAACCUUUGUAUCUUCCAUUGUCGUCCUACCACAGAGUUGCCAUUUACUGUCAAAUUAUUGGAGAGACAUCCUUAUUCUAGUCAAGCCUUUAUCCCAAUGACAGACGGUAAGACGCGCGCUUAUUUGGUCGUUGUAGCUCUCAAUGGUUUGGACGAUAAGCCUGAUAUGUCUACUUUAAAAGCUUUUAUUGCCACUACAAAGCAAGGCAUCAAUUAUCGUCAAGGCGUUUGGCAUCAUCCUAUGGUUGUUUUAGAACAUGAAACUGAUUUUGCCUGUGUUGUUCACGAAAGUGGCGUACCACAAGAUGAUUGUAAUGAAGUAGGCGUUACUCAUACAUUAGUUCAAGUGCCUGGUUUUCAAUAAACAUCAUUAUCUCAAAUACGACCAGUUUUAAACAGGGAAGAGGGAUAAACGGCUUAAGUUUAAUAAAUACAAAAAAAG